AUGCUGCAGCGCUUAUCACAGUACUCCAGGUACGGCUACGUCAUCCUUCUGUCCUGUAUCUUGUACGUGCCAGUGAAAGCAGCCACACCUCCAUACUUCACUGACAACCAGAGCGUGGACAUCAGCAAAGAAUACCACAAUGUGCCUCAGUUUGAUCAUUUCAACGAACCCUACGACCAGCGAGUCUUUGACAAGCUAAACAUUGACAUUGUCACCGUGGAGCCAUGGUCAAUACAUGUGAAAUGGCGGCUGACGAACCUAACGCACUUUGACAGCGUUGUAGAGUCUACUUUUUUGUGCGAAACUUUGAACGGAAAAAUCGUUUCGGAUAAAUUGCAUUCAAAUACCGAUUCUUUCAACUUUCAGAUGUUGCACCCCAACACCAAGUAUGUUAUCUGUGUCCACUUGCUGGAGAAAUCCAGGUCAACAAACACAAGCAUUCUUCAUUACAACUGCCAGACUUUUUCAACGAUCCCGGUGAUCAGGUCAGACAGUAUUGUAGGUUUGGCCUUAACUAUUGGCUAUCUGUUGUUAGUUGCUGCACUGGGAUAUUUGGCCUGGCACAGGAGAGCCCGCAAGAUCAAGAGUAUUGAAGAGGAGAAGUUGCACGCGGAGGAGAAUGAGGGAGACAGACAGGACGACUACUUUCAGUUUCUCAAGACUGCUGAACGAGGAGGGAUUCCUAACUAUGCGUCUGAGGACGCCAGGCGUAUGGACAUGUAUGGAGCCAACGGCGGGGAAGAUUUUAAAGCCAAACCUAAACGUGCAGAUUGUGUUGGCGCCUGUGUUCCAUUCGACGAGAAAGAGGAGGAGGAUUUAGUGGAAUACAACCCCACCAAGAGAGAAAUUUCAUUUUAA